GACCAUGAGGAAAUUCAACAUCAGGAAGGUGUUGGACGGCCUGACCGCGGGCUCGUCGUCGUCCUCGUCGGCUUCCUCCUCGCAACAGCAGCAGGCUGCAACCCGGGAGAACGAUAUCCCUGAGACCCUCCAGUCGGAGCAUUUCCAGCUCUGCAAGACUGUACGCCAUGGUUUCCCUUAUCAGCCUUCGUCCUUGGCAUUUGAUCCUGUUCAGAAGAUACUGGCCAUUGGGACUCAGACUGGAGCUUUAAGGCUUUUUGGUCGGCCAGGAGUUGAAUGCUACUGCCAACAUGACAGUGGAGCAGCUGUAAUCCAGCUUCAGUUCCUGAUAAAUGAGGGAGCCCUUGUGAGUGCCUUGGCUGAUGAUACGUUACACUUAUGGAACUUGCGUCAGAAGAGGCCUGCUAUACUACACUCUUUAAAAUUCAACAGAGAACGGAUAACAUUUUGCCAUCUGCCUUUCCAAAGUAAAUGGCUGUAUGUGGGCACUGAAAGAGGAAAUAUACACAUUGUCAAUGUGGAGUCCUUCAGUCUCUCAGGCUAUGUCAUCAUGUGGAAUAAAGCCAUUGAACUGUCAUCCAAGUCUCAUCCAGGACCUGUUGUCCACAUUAGCGACAAUCCAAUGGAUGAAGGCAAGCUCUUGAUUGGUUUUGAAUCGGGAACAGUAGCAUUGUGGGACCUCAAGUCAAAGAAAGCAGAUUACAGAUACACGCAUGAUGAGGCAAUCCAUUCUGUAGCUUGGCAUCAUGAAGGAAAGCAAUUUAUUUGUAGCCAUUCGGAUGGCACUUUGACUAUAUGGAAUGUAAAGAAUCCUACCAAGCCAUUGCAGACAAUCACUCCACAUGGGAAGCAGGUAAAAGAUGGGAAGAAGCCAGAGCCUUGUAAACCUAUUCUUAAAGUGGAAUACAAAACUACAAGAGUUGGAGAACCUUUCAUUAUUUUGUCAGGUGGCUUGUCAUAUGACACUGUAGGAAGAAGACCUUGUUUAACAGUCAUGCAUGGGAAGAGCACUGCUGUUUUAGAAAUGGAUUAUUCAAUAGUUGAUUUUCUAACUCUCUGUGAAACUCCAUACCCUAAUGAUUUCCAAGAGCCAUAUGCGGUGGUUGUCCUUCUAGAAAAAGAUUUAGUACUUAUUGAUCUUGCACAAAAUGGGUAUCCUAUAUUUGAGAAUCCCUAUCCCUUGAGUAUACAUGAAUCUCCAGUGACCUGUUGUGAAUAUUUUGCUGAUUGUCCUGUGGAUCUUAUUCCAGCACUUUAUUCAGUUGGGGCUCGACAGAAGCGUCAAGGUUAUAGUAAAAAGGAAUGGCCUAUCAAUGGCGGAAACUGGGGAUUGGUCACACAGAGUUACCCAGAGAUCAUUAUUACUGGGCAUGCAGAUGGGUCAAUCAAGUUUUGGGAUGCUUCUGCAAUAACACUGCAAGUGCUAUAUAAGCUAAAAACAGCUAAAGUCUUUGAAAAGUCACGAAAUAAAGAUGAUAGACCUAGCACGGACAUUGUAGAUGAAGACCCAUAUGCCAUUCAGAUCAUUUCAUGGUGUCCAGAAAGCAGAAUGCUGUGCAUAGCAGGAGUUUCUGCACAUGUCAUUGUUUACAGAUUCAGCAAACAAGAAAUUACAACAGAAGUUAUUCCGAUGCUUGAAGUACGGCUUUUGUAUGAAAUAAACUAUAUAGAAUCUCCAGAUCCUGAACAAGUGCCACCAUUGCCUACUCCAGGCACAGGUUCCAAUCCUCAAUCCAUUGUUCCCCAGUCUCAUCCAUCCACUAGCAGCAGCUCAUCUGAUGGGCUUCGGGAUAAUGUCCCAUGUUUAAAAGUUAAAAAUUCUUCCCUUAAAGAGUCUCCAGGCUAUCAAGUUGAAUUGGUUAUUCAGUUAGUAUGGGUGAGUGGAGAGCCUCCUCAGCAGAUAACUAGCCUUGCAAUCAAUUCUGCCUAUGGCUUAGUAGUUUUUGGCAACUGUAACGGUAUUGCUAUGGUUGAUUAUCUGCAAAAGACCACGCUGUUAAACCUGGGCACCAUUGAAUUGUAUGGUUCUAAUGAUCCCUAUAGGAGGGAACCCCGAUCUCCACGAAAAAGCAGACAACCAUCAGGAGCUGGUCUUUGUGAUAUUAAUGAAGGCACUGCAGUACAAGAAGAUCGUUGCAAGUCACCCACCUCAGGUUCUGGUUCUCCCAUCAAUUCUGAUGAUGAUCAAAAAAUGAAUAAUUUUAUAGAAAAGGUGAAGACCAAAAGCAGAAAGUUUUCCAAGAAGGUAGCCAGUGAUAUAGCAAAAAUGUCUAGAAAAUUAAGCUUACCAACUGAACUGAAGCCUGAGUUAGAUGUGAGAGACAACUCAUUCAGCCGAUCUAGGAGUUCCAGUGUAACCAGCAUUGAUAAGGAAUCCCGAGAAGCAAUUUCAGCUCUUCACUUCUGUGAGACUUUCACACGGAAAGCUGAUACAGCUCCCUCGCCCUGUUUGUGGGUUGGGACCACACUGGGCACAGUUCUAGUCAUUGCCUUGAAUUUACCCCCAGGAGGAGAACAAAGAUUACUGCAGCCUGUAAUUGUAUCCCCCAGUGGAACCAUACUGAGGCUUAAAGGAGCAAUCCUGAGAAUGGGUUUUCUGGACACAACAGGAUCAUUAGUUCCACCUGCGUAUGAACCCUGGAGAGAACCCAAUGUUCUUGAAGACAAGGAUGAAAAGGAUAAGUCAAAAAAACGGCGGCCUGUCUCAGUGUCUCCAUCAUCCUCUCAGGAAAUCAGUGAAAAUCAAUAUGCAGUGAUAUGUUCUGAAAAGCAAGCAAAAGUUAUUUCACUGCCCUCACAGAACUGUUCUUAUAAGCAAAAUAUAACAGAGACUUCAUUUGUCCUUCGUGGGGACAUAGUGACACUGAGCAACAGUAUCUGCCUUGCUUGCUUCUGUGCCAAUGGACACAUAAUGACUUUUAGUUUACCAAGUUUAAGGCCGCUGUUGGAUGUUUAUUACUUGCCACUUACCAACAUGCGAAUAGCCAGAACAUUUUGCUUCACCAACAACGGGCAGGCAUUGUACCUUGUCUCACCUACAGAAAUCCAGAGAAUCACUUACAGUCAAGAAACAUGUGAAAAUCUACAGGAAAUGUUGGGUGAACUCUUCACACCAGUAGAAACACCAGAGGCACCAAACAGGGGAUUCUUCAAAGGCCUAUUUGGUGGUGGAGCACAGUCACUUGACCGAGAAGAACUCUUUGGAGAAUCGGCUUCAGGAAAGGCAUCAAGGAGCCUUGCCCAACAUAUUCCAGGACCUGGUGGUAUUGAAGGGGUCAAAGGAGCAGCAUCUGGAGUUGUUUGUGAAUUAGCACGAGCAAGGCUAGCAUUAGAUGAAAGAGGACAGAAGUUGGGAGAACUGGAAGAAAGAACAGCAGCUAUGUUAGCCAGUGCUGAUUCUUUCUCUAAGCAUGCACAUGAGAUGAUGUUGAAAUGCAAAGAUAAGAAAUGGUACCAGUUCUGACAGUGUGUUUCCAAAUGCAUCUAUAUAACUUUACCUUGAAGAAAAAAAAUCUCCUUUUCAUUCACUUCUGCAGGAUCAGCAGAAUUGGAAGGGUGUCAGCCAAUGGAUACUAUUGUUUCCUAGCACAAAUUAUACACUGUUUUACCUCAGUCACACAGCUUUAACUGAGGAUCAUUAUGUUUAAAACUGACACCUGCACAAUCACACAAAGUGGAUGUUCAUCUUACCUGUGGGCUGACUGAGAGCCUGGGAACAGAGUUGGUAACAAAGAAAAAGUGGUGGACAAAAGGGAAAAUUUGAUAUCAGAGAAUGAGCAGGGGCAAUGCAGGAUGUAUCCUGUGUUAAUAUUCAUAUGCCAAAAGUUUUUGUGCUAUUGUUGUUGCUGCCAGUGUUUCAUCCUCCCGUGGGAGGUUGCAAUAAAUCAGGGGUCCAAGAGCUAGAAUAAAGUUAUUCAUCUUACAGGACUGCCAGUAGCUGAUAUCACCUACCCUUCUUAGAGCACGUCAUUACUGGAAAUGUUUCUGAACCACCUCUCUGAUCUGACAAACUGGAAGUGUGUGAGCUCCCUCCUGAUCUUAUCUAUGUAAAGAUAACAGGCACAUAAUCUUUUCUUGGACCCCUGAUCUAGUAUUCUUGUAUUUGCAUCAUCCUAUUAUGUCAAAUACAAAACAAGAAGAUAAGUUACUUUUGCGUGGUUAAAAAAAAUUCAAGUGAAUUAUAUGAUUGAACUGCACAUCAUGCUGGAAAUUUUCGUUUGUGUUUAUGGCUGUGUAGUGUGAAAAGUAAAACAUUUAUUACAAUGAGAAAAAUAUUUGUCAGCCUUCAUCCAAUUAUUUUUAUUUUCCUGCAAAUACAGUUGGGUCAAUUUCCUAAAAUAUCUUGAAUUGGUUAUGAGUUUAAUUCAUGUUGUGCAUUUUCUUUUGUGUGUUUAACAGAACGUCUUUGUGCAACAAAUUAAAAUUAGACAUUUUUAGCUAGAUUAUGAGCCCAGUCAGAACUAAAGCACCAUAUGAAAUGGUUUAGAGUUCCAGCAUUGUUGAACUUCGAUGUGUUUCUUAUAAAUUCCAUAAGAUUAAAAGUACUUGAAGAAAUUUGUCCAACUUGAUCCCAUUCAGAGAACUGUUACCAAGUCAAACCUACUGGGGAAGAAAUGGCCACCAGAAUCCUGAGCAAAUUUAACCUGGAAGUAAGUUCUUUUGAUCUGAAUAGAAUUUUCUUCCAUGCAAGUGUCAUUAGCUUCAAAAUGAAGCUAGUUAGAAUAGAUUUUUCCCAAGAUGAAGCAAAAAUUUAACUUGUGUUGGUAUCACUUCAGGAAUUUGUAGAUUGCUACUUAGAUUCUUGUCAGAAGAUGCAUUUAUGAUGUGCCAAAUUUAAGCAGUAUAUUUUAGCUAAUAAAGGCCAUAAUGUCAUAAGAGCAAAUGGAUUUAUUUUUUAAAAAUUAGGAAAAUGCAUAAUGAAGAUCCUUAUUGAUAUAUAUGAAACUGAAAAUAGAAACUAAUUUCUCAUCAUUCACAAACAGCCUUAACUAGUGUAGGAUUUAUUGGCGAGCAAGUAUCAGUGCAUAUUUUAGAGUCUUUAGAAAUUUUUUCCCUUAACCUCGGUUGUAUUGUACACACAUUAAGAGCAGCCUGCAGUUUGCUUGAACACAAAAUAUUUUUGUGUUCACUGGUUUGUAAAAUCUUGAUCUUAAUGCUCCAUCAAAUACUUUGAUUUGAGCAUAAAUCUUUGUGUGUGUGAUUCAAUAAAGGUUGAAAAGUUACUACUUGGUCAUGCAUAGCACAGUCUUUUUUAACUUAAUUAUAUUUCUAUAUAAAUGUGUUUAGGAUCAGGUUUGAAUCCCUUUAAAUUUAAUUAAGGCCAUGCAGUAGCUUGGGUACAAACAAAAGUUGUUUCUAGGUGUGGGGUUACAUACAGCUGCAGAGAUGUUUAAAUCUGCUUCUCACUUAGUUUUGUUAGAUCUUGUUAUGUUUAAAUACACCAGCUCCAAAUUCCCCUGCAGUGGAUGCUUACCAUGAAAUUCAGAUGACUACAUUGGAAGCACCAUCAAGUAUUCCUGCAAUCAUAUAAGCCUCAAGCCUAUAGAAGUAAUUUUGUGCAGUACCCAAAUUGCUGCAGCAGUAUUAGAAUUAAGUCUAAGGCAGCUUGCUAAGGGGCUACAAUUAUUAACAUUGUUCUUCUUUCUGUUGCCUGAAAAUAUAAAGGUUUUUGUAUGUGGAAUUAUCUGAGUUGCAUUUAGCAUUUAAUGAGACACAUUGGCCAUACAGUGAAAAAGUAACUGAUAUGAACAUUUAAAUGCCAAUAGUAAUACCACAAUUUUCAUCAUGGUGGUAACACAAAUGCACUUGCCAGGAAACUUCUCUGUGCAUUAGAAAAUUCAUUUUUCCAUUGCUAAUUUAUAUUCAAAACACAUAAUCCAGUCAAAAUUAAGCACUUUAAAACCCCAUUGGAUUAGAUCAGCUCCAGUAAGUCUUUUCUGCUAAGUUUUCUUCCAAAGAAAAUCUCAGAGGAAGGGAGUCAUUGCAUCCAAGCCACAAAUUUCAAUAUGAGAAAUUUAAAUCUGUACUUAACUCUCUCACUGACAUCCCAUUGAUUUUAAUGUGCUUAACUUGGAUGGAUUGUGUCCAACAUUUAUUAAUUUUACAUUUGUAGUUAGAAGCACAGAGUUGAAUACAUAAAAGGGUUCAUGGUAUUUUUUUAAAGUGUGGAGUCUCCCUUUCCCCAAUUAGUUAAACAUAACACAGUUAUUUUGCCUGCUAUAGAAAUGUCCAGAAAGGGUAAAUCAAUGGUCAGUCAAGACAUAUUGGCAUUUCUUUCCGUGGGAAAUUCUGGCAGUAGUGUAUUCCUUGUGGAAGAUACAACAUCAUUUUGAAAUGAAAGAUUUUGAAACAAAGUUUAACCUUACAAAUAUCUGAUAGCCAGUGGCAUAUAAAGAAAAAUGAAAACAAGAAAAAACUCAUACUAACCCAAAGGUUAGUUCACAUCUGUUAUAGUUUCCUUAAUGUAUGUAUGUUUUCAUAUUUCAUAAAUAAAUAACUGGUCUAUGAAAAUAUUUGAGGUAUUGUUCUUCAGUAAAUUCAUGUAAUAUUUGGCCAGUUAUACAUGCUUUUCAACAAUGUUAUUUCUAGAAAAGUGAGAUGGAGGUGUACUUGUAGAGCUACAAAGUUUCUAUCAACCUUAUGUGUUUGGUAUAAUGUAAUGGAAAAAUUAGUACUGUUCUCUUGGUUGACAUUUAAUUUGAUCAUUCAACAUUUUUGAUAAGUCUAUUGAGGAAUAAGGCUGUGUACAGAUGAUAUCUUUUAGAGAGUUGGAGUCUGUGCUAUGGAAUGCCAUUACCUGUGGUGUUCAUUUUUUAAGCCUUCCAUGGUUUCUGGAGUCUUGCAGGUUUUUCUUAGUGCUGUACUGAAUUUUCUCAGGGUUCAACUUUUUGUGUGAAAUAGGGUAAUUCAGAGGGAGAAAAAUUUCCCCUAAACCCCUUCCCAAUAUUAUCUUUUGUCACUCUUUGUUGCCGUUUGCACCCCUGGUCAGCUGCUAAUUUGGCAGUUUUUUUCUGUUGGCCUUUUCCGUUUUGGAAACUGUGAAGGCAUCUUGAAACCAAUCAGGUUUAGUUAAUUUAUGACAUCGCUGGGGGAAAGGAAGCUUUUCAGUGUGACGAUGUUGCCCAUAAGAUUUGCUUACCCUUUGGUUAUGCAACUGUUUACUAUUUCUAGAAAGACAAUUUUUAGGAAAAAAGUACAAUCAGGAUUCAGGAGGACUGCAAACAGACUCAAAAGACACUUGAGAGAAGAGCACUAAACGGAAAAUUUGGCUGCUGGGCAAGUUUGGGAGGAAUGCAUAUUGUUGCAGGGAACAACACUUUCAGUUGCUUUUGUGCACCAUCAUCUCCAAAAAAGAAAAUGAAUUGGAUUGGGAUGAUCUUUGCAGACUAAGAUAUUUGUAAAAUGUCCUCUCCCCCAUCUCCUAUUUUUGCUUAUGUUUUCCUAAUAUUUCAAGCUUUUUACCUGAAAAAAAAACACAAAAAUACCAGUGCUGCUGCAAUACACACAUGUUGGUCAGUUGUUCUGGUCGCUCACUGGCUAAUGUACAUGCUGAAUAAUUUCUGUUCCUCACACACACACACACACCUCAGUACUUAGACCACUCUAGGAACUGUUACUAAAGGUUGGGUUUUUUUAAAGUACCUCAAAGGAGGAAGUCCUUCAGCUUAAAAGGGUAUGAUGUUGUUCUUCUUAGUGAUGUGACUAGAUCAGAAGCAGUGUGUGUUUUCUUGUCAGUUUUACCACUUUCUUUACUUGAAUGGGAAUAGUGGAAGGGGACAAUGAAAACAGUGAGAACAGGUUCUCUACCAAGAAGGCCCCUCCUCUUCCCUAGUUGUAUAGUUAUCAAGCGAUUGACACUGGGCUAAUGCUCUGCUGUGGUAGCAGCAGCAAUUGCUACUAUUUCUUCAGAGAAAUAAGCCUCUCUACACAGCCUAGGUGAGUGAUUUUUUUAUAUUGAUAAAAUGCAACUGAACUGCUGCUAUUUGUCUUUCGUUUAAUGUUACCAAGUUUAUUAUAAACUGAAGACAAGUUUCUUUAGUUUGGAAAACUGCCAAAUUAUAACUUCUGAAUGUCAUUUUAUAUAAAUAUUCCAUGUAUUUCAAGUAAAUCCAUCAAUCCAAACAAAUUAAUUCACUCACAUUAGAUAUCAAUUAUAUUAAGAUGAUUUUACAUUUGUGUUUUUUGUUUGAGGAAUUCCUCAUAAGACAAUACUACAUUAGAAAGCUAUAGCCAAAGGUAAUAUUUUGAUGCAGUGACUCUUCUUUUUUGCUUUCUAUAACACUGAUCUAAUCUGAACUAUAAACUUGAAUUUAUGUUCCCUGCACAGUGCUCCAGUUUAAGCUCAUUGGUUUCAGUGGGAUUAGGCCAGAGUAACUCUGCAUAGGAUUGCACUGUAAGUAAUGCAACCUUGAGUACUUAAUCCCUUUACAUACAUUUACAUUUUAAAUUCACUUAUGUGUACAUAAAAAGUAUAGUUUAACAAACUGUAACCAAAGCUGUGCAUUUACUAACACAUGAAUAAAUUCUUUGUAAAAGGGACUUCUGUUCCCUUUAUUAGAAUGGAGUUAGGGAUCUAUGAAAGGAACACACUCAUGGAUCUGCUUUCUUUAGUGAAACUUAAAGGCAACACUGCUGGUGGGAAAGCUCCAUGUGUAAAGCUUCAGACCAGCUCCCUUGAUCAGCACAAUUCAAUUUAAGCACUCUAAAUAAUUCCUAGGUUUUAAAUUUUUUAAAUAGCUGGAAUUCAGAUUUGUUUAACUAUCACACCAACAGUAAUCUAGUCUACAAUAAUGUGCUCUUUUGUCCUAUGAAAGUCAAUUAACAUUAAGCACAGGUAAAUGUGGCUGGAUUGCAACCACAAUGAUAACCUAUUUAUAUGUAAUCCCAUAAGAAUACAGUUUAUCAAAAUUUGUAUAUCUAAAGUCUGACUUUAAAUAAAAUUUGUUAUGAAAGAAAAUAUAUACACAAUACAUUAUAACAAAAACAUCUCCUACCAAGAUCAAUUCCAGAUUAACCCCUUUUGAAUUAAUUAGAUUUAAUUACAAUUUUUUUUGCAGAAACUAGCCUAGCAUCCUCAUUACUGAAUUUAAGUAAGUGCUCAGAGGGAACAGUGAAAUAUUGUUUUACACGCGUACCAUAUAAACUAUAAGACCUUUUGGAUGAAUAUGUUGAUGGAUAUUUACAUAACUUUUUAAAAGUGAGAAUAAAUAAAACUAGAUACUCAUGUAUCAGCAUUUUAAAGUAAAUUUCCAGAAUUAAUGUUAUAUGUAUUUUUGUGAAAGUUUUCUUUUUGUAUUUUGAAUCUGUUUUUUCAUAUACUUUAUACCCACUGAAAGUUGGUUGUUUGCAUAAUUUUUAAAAAAUACAUAUUCCUGUGGCUGAUGAACCAUGCUUUACUGUUCUGCCUAUGACAUGACUUCACUUGCAGGAUAGUUUGAAAAAAGUACCCAUUGUUUACAGUUCAAAUUCAUAGCAGCACUUGCACCCACAGUUUAGAAUAAAUAUUUGUACAAUCUUAUGGAUUUUAUUUUCCUAUGAACAUUAGAGAUCUUGCUGCCAAACACACACACACACUUGCAGAAAGAUUUAUGGAUGAAUUUAUUAAUGGAUAAAAUGAGAAAACAAACUCUAUUGUAUGUUAAUUGUCUGAACAUAACCAUUGUUUAACAUGCAUUGAGAACCAAAUCUAGGAAAAUGCCUUGAUGCUACUGAUCAUCUGUUUUAUGAAAGUUAUGUUUUAAAAGUCCACAAUUGUGUGUAAUUUUUAUUUAUCCAACUAAUUUGAGAUACAAGGUUGAUCAUAAAAAUCAAAGAUGCAAUUAAAUCAAUGUUAAUAUGUUAUGAUAAAACACUCAGAAUAAUAUUUCUAAACUUCAGAUAAAGAUAGUAUGAUUUUUCUUUUACAUUAAUUUUUUUUUAGUACAAGGUUAAUUUUUUUAAAAAAUCAACUCAUGGCAUUAUCUAGAGAAUGCUAUUUGAUAGUAGGUAAUGCAAAGUGGGAAAUUUCAGUGCUUUAGCUACCCCUUUUAAAAUAUGUAAAUAAGUUGUGUGUUACUUUAAACACAUACACCACAAUUCAUAUUGGUUAGUACUAUGAGAAUCAUGCUGCUUUCUUAUUAUGCUACUGUUUCAUUGUACAAGCACCACUGGGGGGGAAAUGAAGAACAUCAAUAAAUGUUUCUAACAUUACUCAUUGGGUAAGCAUGCUUGUUAUAGAACUUCUAGCUUAUAUGUAUCUUAGUCUCUGUAUGUGUGCAUCCUUCAUACUGUUUUUUCUCAUUUCCAGUCCACUUAAUUUCAGUCUUGCGGAGCCCCACUAUGUGUUCUGAAGAUGAAACUUGGAAAUGCAUUUUAGGAUAGGGUUGCAAAUUCAUCUGUCUACAAAUAUAGUUUCGUAUGAACUGCAAACCAUGCCAUUACAAAUGGAAAUGUUAGAUUGCGUAGUUAUUUUACUUAAUGUACUUGAUCCUAAAUUAUGUCACAAACAUUAAAAUUAAGUAUGGGAUAUUUUUGUAAAUAAAAAAUACCUGUGCAGCUGGUAUUUUAAAAGGGAAAAAAAUGUACUAUACUGUUUCAGAAAACAAUGUUCAUAUGUGUAUAUGAAUGUGUCAUUAUGCUGAAGGGCUCUGAUUGGGCAAAUAAACUAUUCAAUU